UGAGAAACGAUCCGAACUCAAGUCACUGGACGUAGUCACAGAAAAUAUCAUUAAAGUGCAGGACAUAUCGAAGCAAUCGUGUGGAAAAAUCAGUAAAAACCUAAGAGAUUUUGUUAGUUUUUUACCGUUUUGUGACUAUUUUAUGUGCAGAAAAUGGUUUUUUGAGUGAAAAAAUUACAAAUAUUGCGGAAAAUUAUGUAGAAAAGACGGAAAAUGAGUCGAGUUGAACGGUGGUGAAAAAGUGAUAAAAAGUGUCUGUGUUCGUGAGGGGUGAAAACCGUAAAGAAAAUCACCGGGAAAUUCCUCCUUAAAUCCACCACAAGGACCUUUUUCAGCAUGCAAAUGCUCUCAUUGGAAAAUCUGGACAUUCAUGGACAUUUUAAUUGAAUCCUAUUGCAAAUGCAAUGAAAGUUUAAGUACGGGAAUCUCGAAGGAAAAGUCCAGCUAUGAAGUGGUGGAGUCUAAAGCCACCAGAUGGUGGGUUUCUUCGGCUGGUGUCUCUCCUGCUCACUGGACUCUUCAUGCUGACCCUCGUUGCAGCAACUGGGGCCAUGGAGAAGGAAAAAAGAAGCCAAAUAUAUCACAUGUCAUCAUUGUGCAAAAACCACUACCUCCGCCAGGUGUACAGGAAAAUCGACGGGGCUAUGCUCUGGUCACAAAAUGAACGAAAUCUCGACUGUAUCAUCACAUUUCAGACGGAUUCAAUCCUUCAAAGAUUUAUGCUGCGCUUCGAUAUGCUCCAGCUCGACUGCAAUGAUCACCUCUUUGUCUACGACAGUGCUCAUGCUGUAGGAAACCACAAGGCUGAUUUGACGUGUCGCAACACUAAACAGUCAGUUGGAGCAAUUUUCACACGCACCAAUUUCGUGACACUCAAGUAUGUCACAGAUAAUUGGGGAACAGACACAAAUGGUUUCAAAUUGGUCAUCACUGCCAUCAAAGAUCCAAAACAUUCCUGCAAAGACUUCCGAUGCACUCUGAGAGAGUUCUGUAUUCAUCCUGAUCUUGUGUGCGAUGGUGUUAAUAACUGUGCCGAUGGAUCAGAUGAGACCGUUGGAUCUCUGUGCCCAAUCAGUGAUCCCUACACAAUCCUCGGUCUAGAACUGACAUGGAUCGUUCUGGUGGCCGUGAGUGGCUUGCUCGUGAUCUGCGCCUGUUUCGUCGGUAUUGCCAUUUGCCUCUGCCGGCGUAACACUCGACCAGCCGGGAAUCAAUACGGCAACAGCGUGCAGUUGCACCCGACGAUCGAGUCCAAUGGAUCGUCAAAGUACAUGCCAGGAUCAACGUUGACCCGUGAGACAACAUCGCUGCCGCCGUCGGGAAACUGGCGUCACCCUGCGGGACCAUCAGGGUACCUCCGCAUACAACUCAACUUGCUGAUGGCCAUAGUCCGUCCCAUUUGCUGCCCGGCAAACUAAGGCAACUCGGCCAGCCCGAUCUGUCGCAGUCGGCCGUCGUCUCGGCCGCCCAGAAGGACGAAUGGUUCGUCUGAGGGCGACCUAGGACGCUCACUGGCCGGGCAUGUGUCCAAAUGAAGACUGUACGUAAUGGUCAUCACCGCGCAGGGUGUUCCGAGGGGGGUUUGUACCCUAAUCCCUCAUCAUCAUCAACAUUUCAUUCGCAUGGAAGACUCUUAUAAAUCCGUGUCUCCCUUUGCCAUGCCAAUCUUCCUCCGAAUUAUAACACUUUACUCAAUUGGCACGGAGUUUACUCAUCCCCUUGUCUCAUACAACAAAAAAAAACAACCAACAUUCCGAUGAAGGAUGUUAGAUGAAUUUUAAACUAGAAAAUUUCUUGGAGAGAAUCUCUCGACCAAUUUAAGAGGAAAAUUAUAUGACUUUUACUAGAGAGAAAGACAAAAUCUCUCCCAUUUAGAUGAAGAAAACAGAUGAAAACUAUAAUUCAACAUAGAAAUAAUGUAUUGGAGUAAUUUGUUGAAAGGUAGAAGAAGAAUUUUAAAACGAAAAUUUUAGGAGAAAUAAAACAUAUCUCUGAUGAAAGAUGAAACAAUAAUUUUUUCCUAUAUACAAAAAAUUUCAGGAGAAAAUUGCCAAUGAGGGGAUUGCUGAGGGACACCUUUCAGGGAAUUCUACCAAGUUUUCAGUGUAUAUAUAGCAAUUGAUGCUAUUAGACAAAAGUUUAGACUAUCUUGAGAAGUUUUUUAGAUUUUAUUUGCAAGAACUUUUAAUACCUUCAAAAACCUGAUAUUCUUCAAAAGGUUUUAUUGCGAUAGAAGAGUUGGAUUUAAUAAGAUAGACUUCCUCACAUACCUAUGCUAUCUAUAACGAAAAUUUCUUACAAUAAAAUUCUUAGAAAAAAAUUCCUCAGCAGAUUUUUUUUUAAUUUUUUUUCUUAAACUGCAGCUAUUUUCCUGUUCUUGGCAAAUUUCUUCUGAAGAAGUUUUUUCUAACCUUUAUACCCGCUUUCUAUAAACUGAAUCAAUUUUUGACGUCUUGUUUUUUCAUUCUUCACAACAUUAAACAAUAGUAAAAUUGAAGUUAAUUGAAAUAAUGAAAAGAAGUGGAUGAGAAAGUUCGAAUUUUUAAAAAGAAAAAAAAUAAAAGACAAAAUAAAGAAAAAAUGAGCGAAAGAAUUUGAGAAAAAAACAACCACGUUUGUUAUGAAUCAUGCGAUAAAACAAAUAUGCAAAGAUAUACUUGAAGAAGAAAAAAAUAUAUAUAAAUAAUAGUUAAGACAUGAUUUUUUAUACAAUUAACACCUAAUUACAAAUAUUGUAUUUAUAUAUUAGAAAAGUCAAAGGAGAACAUAUUGAAUUAUUGAAAUAAAUUAUAAUGAAAAUAUUUAGAGUGGACAGCAAGAUAAAAAAAAUGAUAAAUAAUAGAAAAUAUUUACUAAUAGAUUAUUAAUUAAGUAAUAUUGAUAACAAAACAAUUAUUAAUGGUGAAAUGAAAGAAAACAACAUAAUUUUUCUCAAAAAAAAAGGAAAUAGUUCUUUGUAUAUGUUAUAGGAAAAUUUAAUGAUAAAUUAUAGUGAAUAAUUCUCUUGGAGAAAUCAUCAUUAAACGUAUCAAUUGAAACAGAAAUCAAUUGUAGAUGUAUAAAAGGAAAAUACUAUGGUCGACAAUAUGUAAAGAAAUGAUUUGAAAGAAUUAAAACAAGAAGAUAAUCCAAAAAGAUAACACACAGCAAAGAAAGCAUUUCAAUAGAUUCCCGGAUCUCGAGGAAAAAAAAAUAUAGGAAAGAAAAGAAGAAUAAAGCGUGCAGUAGAAAUUCACUAAAAAAAAAAAUAAAUGGAUAGUCAAUAAAAAUUAUUAUUAUUGUCUUUAUAAUGAAACUUUAGAAUGGGAAAAAAAAACUCCAGAAUUUUCCUCACAAUUUUAAGAAAAUUUGCAUUAAAAAAAUGACCGAUGGAACAGUAAAUGAUUCUAGAACAAAAGACAAUACCUUUCUUAAUAAAAAACAAUUUCUGUUCAUCUUUUCUAUGCAAAAAGAAAAACUCUUAGAUGAAGGUUAAAUCUUGUAAAUUCAUGCACAAUUGUGUAAAGAAAAGAAUUGUGAUUAUUUUCAUAACAAAUCACGACCAUCAUUUAUCCGUAGAAUCACAUGAUUUUUUUUUAAAUCUCAAAAAAAAAAAAAACGCACAAAGCUCAUUUUGGACACUUUAUUCUAAUUUGCGCAUUUUGCUCUUUAACGGAAACCCAAGAAAAAUACCAUUUAGAACUGAAAUUGUUAGUAAACCAAAAAGAAAUCCUGUAAAAUUCUAAUAACACUAUUACGUAGUGAAGACAACAUGGAAUAAAUAAUCUCAUAAGAGACAAAUCAUGAUACAGAAAAAAAGACAUUAUAAUGUUAAGAAUGAAGAAAUAGUUAAAAUUAUCAUAUCUGGAUGAAGAUUACAGAAGAACUCUAUGGCUUUUGCUUUAUUGCUGGCAUUUCUCCAAUAAAUGUGUGAGAGGAAGUGAGUGAAGAAA